AGAUGGAGCUUUAGGGAGAGUCGGCGGUACUUGGGGAAGGAAAGGAAUAAGGAAACGGAUCGCUAAAAUUCAGGAGUGUGGCGGGGUGGGGGGGGAAAGCGAUACAACUUGGGUGUUUCUAUAUGUUUGGGUUUCGCCUGUCGUCGUGCUGAGAGAGGAAAAAAACGAAGAGGAUGGCCAGCGCCAGUGGUUCGAAAGCGGAAUUUAUCGUCGGUGGAAAAUACAAACUGGUCCGGAAAAUCGGCAGCGGCUCGUUUGGUGAUAUCUACCUAGCGAUUAACAUUACCAAUGGGGAGGAGGUGGCAGUGAAAUUGGAAUCACAGAAAGCGAGGCAUCCUCAGCUUCUCUAUGAGAGCAAACUGUACAAGAUCUUACAGGGAGGAGUCGGCAUCCCUCACAUCCGGUGGUAUGGACAAGAGAAGGAUUACAACGUCCUAGUUAUGGACUUGCUUGGACCAAGCCUUGAAGAUCUUUUUAACUUCUGUUCUCGCAGGUUCACGAUGAAAACUGUUCUGAUGUUAGCUGACCAGAUGAUCAGCAGAAUUGAAUAUGUGCACACAAAGAAUUUUAUUCACAGAGAUAUCAAACCUGACAACUUUCUAAUGGGUAUUGGACGUCAUUGUAAUAAGUGUUUAGAAUCUCCAGUGGGGAAGAGGAAAAGAAGCAUGACUGUUAGUCCUUCUCACGAUCCAGCUUUCUCAGGAUUAAAUCAGCUGUUUCUGAUUGACUUUGGUUUGGCUAAAAAAUACCGUGACAACCGGACAAGACAACACAUACCAUAUAGGGAAGACAAAAAUCUUACAGGAACAGCACGAUAUGCCAGCAUCAAUGCACAUCUAGGUAUUGAACAGAGUCGUCGUGACGAUAUGGAAUCUCUAGGAUACGUACUGAUGUACUUCAACAGAACAAGCCUUCCUUGGCAAGGAUUGAAGGCAGCCACAAAGAAGCAGAAAUAUGAGAAGAUUAGUGAGAAAAAGAUGUCCACGCCAGUUGAGGUAUUGUGUAAGGGGUUCCCUGCUGAGUUUGCAAUGUACCUGAACUACUGUCGUGGACUACGUUUUGAAGAAGCACCAGAUUACAUGUAUCUUCGACAGCUUUUCCGCAUUCUUUUCAGAACCUUAAAUCAUCAGUAUGACUACACCUUUGACUGGACAAUGUUGAAGCAAAAGGCAGCACAGCAGGCAGCUUCUUCUAGUGGGCAAGGGCAGCAAGCACAGACCCCCACAGGCAAGCAAACUGAAAAGUCCAAGAGCAACAUGAAAGGUUUCUGAUCUCAAGGUUGAAACGAAGAAGCAAAACAGCAUGUGAGAGCAGGUUGCCUUUUGUCACUCCCCUUUGAUUUUUGUUUCACAUGUACAUGCCAUUCAGUGGACAACCAUAAACUGAUGAAUUAAACUCAACUGGAUACAGCAAACUCUGGGAAGUGCAUAUAAAAACUGUACCUACAACUGUAGCAGCUUUUAAUCAAACUAAUUCCUGGAAAAGCGCAAUUUCAUCUUUCAAAAUAGAGCAUCUGAAGCAGUCUUGCUGGUGUUCAGUUUUCUUUAUUCAAUAAAUGGGAUGUAUGAAAGUGGUUGACACAUGGAGAGAAAAUAACAUUGUGCAUUUGCCAAUUUUUUUCUUUUUUUUUGUUUCUCUACUGCCUGACAGUAAAAGGAUGUUUAAGUGGCACAUAGGAGCUGUUCCAUAAGCAGUUUCUAAAUUUCACCGACUAUGUACUUGAAGGGUACACAACAUAACUUACCUUUUCCCCUGUACUGUUCUAAAUGUGCUGUUGAUUAACAGAAAAUGAUAAAUACUAAAGGCUGGGAGUUCUUUUAAAGCACCUGCAACCAGUAGUAAACCAAUAGCAACCAAAGAAUUAAUAUUUUCUGUUGGAAGGACUCUGCCUGCUGUCUUAUGCUGGAGUGGUAUCUAAUGUGAAGAAAUGACAAAAGUAGUGACUACUAGAUAAUUCUAGAACUCUGCAUUAAGUAUAUUGUACAUGGUUAAAAGAAAAGCUUAGUCAUCGCAAGCUUAGCUAACAACAUGAGACUGACCUUGUAUGUAAAUUGCUUAGAUAGCAUUGUAAUCACUGUAUACAUCUACUCAAAUGAGAUUUACGGUGUUUUUGGACGUCAGCUUUGUUGUUUACAUGUUACUGAAUAAGAAGACACUUCUUGUAAAAGACUAGGGUUAUUUUAUAUUGCUGUGCUGAAGUUCCCUGUUUGCAAUGCAACUUCCCUCAACUUUCACUUUUUUAAACAAAAAAAUCAGCAAACUUUCAAAAGCCAGUUAAUUUAAAGAUGUUGCAUUUCUUCACAGAGCUUUAGAUUUGUAGACAGAUGUACCUUUCUCCUUUUUUUGAUACGGUGGUUAUUUUGUAAUUUUUUUUUGGGGGGGGGGCAGCAUUCGCUUUUGUUCUUGCUGCAGUAAAUUGGUUAUAGAAUAUGUAUCCAAGAUGGAGCCUCUGCAGCUACUAAGCAAAUACCAUUGACAUAUACAAUGGUUGAACUUUGGAGUUUCUUUGAAAUUUAAAAAGCGUGUUGGAGGUUUUUUACUUUACUUUUUGAUCUUGUAAAAUGAAUGAAAAUGAACUGAUGUUUUGCAGUCAAGGUGUACAGUGCAGAAAUGGCAACUGUUGCUGGCUGCGAUUCUGGCCCAGCAGAAAUCUUUUAUUGCUGGAAGUACUUCAACAGUGUAAUUUAUUCCUUUUUAGCAUGUAAGAAUAAAUUAAAAAUUACUUGUCGGAA